CGAACUUCAACAAUUUUAAUACUUUAAGCUAGGGAGCUGAGAAAGAAGUGAAAAUUAACUAGUGUGAAAGUUAAGAUAGGGAUACUGCAAAUAAAUAUUUUUUUCCAAAAGAAUAAAAUACAUUUACACAAAAAAGGAAUAAUCUGAAUUGAUCUACUAAAAUUUUAAGGAGUAUUUCAAUUAUACAGUACCCAGCAACACUAUAUUCAUUGAAUAUACAUUCCAUAAGUUUGCAGAUCUAGACUGAAAUUGAAGGGAAAGAGCUAUACAUUAGCAUUGAAUUAAUUGUGAUACAUAUUGGAAUAUCUAUAUAUAACCCUUUUUCAAUAGUGUGCACGACAUCAUCCAACAUCAACUCACAACCAAGCAACCCUAAAAUCAUCUAAUUGUUACUCGAAAGAUAGUACGGGUAAUAUAAAUUGACUAUUUAACUAUUCUGGAAUAUGAUCAAAUCAUUCAGAAGGAGUAAGAGACUGUCAUCUCUGCCUGGUAAUAGCCCUAAACAUAACAUUUCCAGAUUAUCAUCAGGAUCUUCCCAAACUUCACCUAUAAAUAGAGGGAAUGGGAAUCUAGAUGACCAAAUUUUCAACUCACCUAAACGUGUGAUCAAGGCAUUAUAUGACUACCGACCACAAGGACCAGGAGAAUUGGCAUUUACCAAGGGAGACUUUUUCCAUGUGAUUGGUAAUGUUGACGAUGAAAAUGAAGAUCCUAAUGGAUGGUAUGAAGCCACAAAUCCAAUGACAGGAAUCCGUGGAAUGGUACCUAUGAGUUAUUUCGAAGUUUUCAAUAGAUCAAGACCUGCAAUUGUUCAAGAUGAAGAAGGAGAAUUGAACCAUGGAGUUGAGCCACCUAAAAACCUUCAAUAUGGUUAUAAUGAACGUCAAGGAGGACCACAUCAACGGAAUUCAAAUCAAAGUUUAUAUGCGGUCACAUUAUAUGAUUUCAGAGCUGAAAGACCAGAUGAAUUGGAUAUUUCAGUAGGGGAAAAUUUAAUUAUUUGUGCUCAUCAUAACUUUGAAUGGUUUAUUGCUAAACCUAUUAAUAGACUUGGAGGACCAGGAUUAGUUCCAGUUACAUUUGUUAAGAUAAUUGAUCUUGUUAAUGUUAAUGGGGCAACACAAGCUGAAUUUGAGGAUGAUGGAGAUGUGGUUAAAUUAAUCCAAACGUUUAACAUUCCAACGGUUGAACAAUGGAAAGAUCAAACUGCUAAAUAUCAAGCAUCAACUAUUCCAUUGGGGUCAAUUUCUAAUCAAACCCCACCAGCAUCUUCUACCAGUCAAUUUUUCAAAGGUGGUUAUUCCAAUGGACAAACCUCUAAUAGAUCUUCAUUAAGUUCAACAAACACACAAAUUGUGGAAGCAUCAGUUGAUUCAUACCAAUUAGAUCAUGGAAGAUAUCAAUAUUUGAUUAUUGCAAAACUUAGUAAUGGUAAAACGAGAUAUUUAUCAAGAUUUUAUCAAGAUUUUUAUGAUUUACAAGUUAAGUUAUUAGAAUUAUUCCCAUAUGAAGCAGGUAAGAUGGAAAAUUCUAAAAGAAUCAUUCCAUCUAUUCCUGGACCACUCAUUAAUGUAAAUGAUAGCAUUUCUAAGCUUCGAAGAGAAAAACUUGACUAUUAUUUACGUAAUUUGAUUGGAUUACCACCCAAUAUAUCUAGAAGUGAAGAAGUAUUAGCAUUAUUUGAAAUUUUGGAAAAUGGAUUUGAUAAAGAAAUUACUGAUUCAAUGUAUAAAAAGGAGAAGAGAUCACUGAAACCAAUUAGUCAAAAAUCUUAUUAUCAUCAAGAUCGAUUAUCACAAUAUUCCAAUUUCCAUAAUCAUAACAAUUCAUCAUCUACCACAAAUAAUAAUAAUAGUAAUACUAAUCGAACAUCUACUCCUACAUCCACCGAUCUGAAUAUUCAACGACCAUUAUCAUCAUCAUCGGGGAACCUUCUUAAUGCGGCCAUUGGAGGAAAUGAAAUUAAACAACAAAAGGUUAAGGUUAAAUUUUACUACGAAGAUGAUAUAUUUGUAUUAUUAUUACCAACCAAUUUAAGAUUACAAGAUUUAAAAUCUAAAUUAAACAAAAGAUUAAAAACGAAUGAAGAAGAAGGAAUUAAUGAAUAUGAAGAUUCAACCAAUAUUCAAUUAUAUUUGAAGAAUGAUUAUGAUGAUUUCAUUGACGAAAAUGGAAUUGAAGAAUCUGAUAUUUUAAAUGAAAUUCAACAAAUUCAAUUACAAGCACUUGAAAUUGAUAAUGAUGAUAAGUUCCAUGAAAAUAUGUAUGAUAAGUGUAAGAUAAUCAUUGUUACAGCAUGA